AUGCAAGCUCCAGUCGUGUUUCUUAAUACAUCAACACGCCGCCAAAGUGGUCGUGAGGCUCAGAUUCAAAAUGUUACCGCAGCAAAGGCAGUUGCGGAUAUUGUGAGAACAUGUCUCGGACCUAAAGCCAUGCUCAAGAUGCUUCUUGAUCCAAUGGGAGGAAUCACGCUAACCAAUGAUGGUCAUGCUAUUCUAAGAGAGAUUGACGUGUCACAUCCGGCAGCCAAAUCGAUGAUUGAGCUCAGUAGAACUCAGGAUGAAGAGGUUGGUGAUGGUACAACGUCUGUUAUUAUCUUAGCGGGAGAGAUUCUCACCCAAACUUUCCCAUACAUUGAAAAGAACAUUCAUCCGGUGGUUAUUAUUCAAGCUUUAAAGCAAGCACUCUCGGAUGCUUUGGAUAUCAUUGAAAAAGUGUCGAUUCCUGUAGAUGUCAAUAAUGAAGAUGCCAUGAUCAACCUCAUUGCUGCAUCCAUUGGUACCAAGUACAUAGCCAAAUGGUCACACAAGAUGUGUGAAUUGGCCCUUACCGCCGUGAAAACGGUUCUCAUUGAGGAGCCCGGUCAUAAGGAGAUUGAUAUUAAGAGAUACGUUCGUGUAGAGAAGAUUCCCGGAGCAGAAAUCGAGGACUGCCGUGUUCUUGACGGUGUUUUGCUCAACAAGGAUGUGGUUCAUCCAAAGAUGAGGAGAAACAUUGAAAACCCACGUAUUGUUUUACUUGACUGUCCUUUAGAGUACAAGAAGGCGGAAUCUCAGGAGAGUUUUGAGAUAACUAAGGAUACAGACUGGAACAGACUUCUUCAAAUCGAAGAAGAGCAAGUGAAAGUGAUGUGCGAGCAGAUUUUGGCAGUGAAGCCAGACUUGGUGAUUACUGAGAAGGGGGUUUCGGACUUAGCACAGCACUAUCUUCUAAAGGGCGGCUGCUCUGCUCUUAGAAGAGUGAAGAAGUCCGAUAACAAUCGGAUAGCCAGAGCUACUGGAGCUACAAUUGUGAACCGUGUGGAAGAUCUUAAAGAUACGGAUGUAGGAACACGGUGUGGAUUGUUUGAGGUGAAACUCAUUGGAGAUGAGUAUUUUACAUUCCUCAUCAAAUGCAAGAAUCCACAGGCCUGUACUGUUAUUCUCCGUGGUCCUUCCAAAGAUAUCCUUAACGAGAUUGAAAGAAAUUUAGAGGAUGCUAUGGCAGUUGCAAGAAACGUGCUAUUUUCCCCUAGGUUGUCACCUGGAGGAGGAGCUACAGAGAUGGCUAUCAGUGUUGGACUAACAGAACGUGCAAAGAAGAUUGAAGGAGUUCAACAGUGGCCAUAUCAGGCUGUUGCAGAUGCAUUUGAGGUGAUACCAAGAACAUUAGUUCAGAACUGCGGUGGAAACCCGAUCAGAGUUCUCUCGCAGCUUAGAGCCAACCAUGCCAAUGGACAGCAUAGCUACGGUAUUAAUGGAGAAACAGGAAAGAUAGUGGACAUGAAAGAGUAUGGAAUUUGGGAGCCAGAAGUGAUCAAGCAACAGAGUGCCAAAACAGCCAUCGAGAGUGCCAGCAUGCUUCUUAGAGUUGAUGAUAUUGUUAGUGGAGUGAGAAAGCAUUAA